AUGGGUCUGUUAACCCUAGGGGAACCGCUCUCUUGGGAAGAGACGAAAAAGUUGGCUGACCAUGUGAGACAGCAUGGCAUCGAUCAGUUUCUAAACCUGUAUCACCAGUUGUUGGAUCGCAAAGGAGAUGUCUUGAAAUGGGGUGAUGAGGUCGAGUACAUAAUCGUGAAAUUCGACCACGAGAAUAAGACCGCCAAAGUCAGAUUGUGUGCUGAAGAAGUUUUAGAUGAACUCAAUAAGAAAGAAGUAAACGAUCCUGAUAAUGUUAAGUCUCUGUGGAGGCCCGAGUAUGGUUCCUACAUGAUUGAGGGUACGCCUGGAAAACCGUACGGCGGUCUUUUGGCUCACUUCAAUAUAGUUGAAGCCAAUAUGCGAUAUCGCAGAGAAGAAGCACAACAAUUGCUUGAUACAGACGAAGUGCUGAUGACCAUCACCAAUUUUCCCAGGCUUGGAUGUCCAGAGUUCACGUGGCCUGUUGAUCAUCCAACUCCCAAAAGUGGUCCUUCGCGUUCAUUGUUUAUUCCGGAUUCAGCAAUCUAUAAAGGACAUCCGAGAUUCUCUACUCUUACCAGAAAUAUUCGACAGAGGAGAGGGGAACGUGUAGCCAUAAACAUUCCGAUUUUUAAAGAUAAAAAUACUCAAAAUCCUUUUAAAGAAGACUUGAUCAGUAUUGGCGGGGACGCAGAUAGUUUAAAUGCAGCAUUACCCGAUCAUAUAUAUAUGGAUGCCAUGGCUUUUGGUAUGGGCUGUUGCUGUUUGCAAAUGACAUUUCAGGCAUGUUGUAUUAAAGAAGCACGGACACUGUAUGAUCAACUAAGUCCUCUGUGUCCAAUUCUGUUGGCUCUAACAGCAGCAUCACCUGUUUUUCGAGGAUAUCUAACGGAUGUGGAUUGCCGUUGGGAUGUGAUUUCUGGGUCGGUAGAUUGUCGUACCAGACAAGAAAGAGGAUUGGAACCAUUGACUACUGAUAAAUUUGUUAUACCCAAGUCGCGGUAUUCUUCUAUAACAUUAUAUCUUUCUAGUCAAGGUGAAAAGUUUAACGAUGUGCCUUUAGUUUACGAUGAAAAAAUUUACAAUAAGCUGAAGAAUGCCAAUAUUGAUCAUCAAAUGGCUCAACAUGUAGCUCAUCUGUUUAUUAGAGAUACUGUAUCUUUGUUCCAAGAAAAAGUAAACCAGGAUGAUACAGUAGAUAUGGAUCAUUUUGAAAACAUACAGUCUACUAAUUGGCAGACAAUGAGAUUUAAACCUCCACCUCCUAAGUCAACAAUUGGUUGGCGUGUUGAAUUUAGACCAUGCGAAGUUCAGUUGACAGAUUUUGAAAAUGCAGCGAUUGUGUGUUUUGUUGUUCUACUUACUAGGGUUAUACUGUCAUAUCAAUUAAACUUUCUCAUACCCAUUAGUAAAGUUGAUGAAAAUAUGUCAAAAGCUCAAAAACGAUCAGCUGCUCUAUUAGAAAAGUUUUGGUUUCGUAAGAAUAUAACUUCUACAUCUAAAUCAUCAAGUGUUAACAUAAAUGGUACUAAUGAUGAAGCUAUGUACACACUAAUGUCUAUUGAUGAAAUAAUUAAUGGAAAAACUGGUGAAUUCCCAGGUCUUAUUCCACUAAUUCACAGCUACUUGUCUAGUAUGGAAGUAGACACCGAUACACAUUGCACUAUUCAACAAUAUCUAAAACUUAUCUCGCGACGUGCAUCUGGUAAAAUUGAUACAACAGCUAGUUGGAUACGUCGGUUUAUUCAAGAACAUCCAGCUUAUAAACAUGAUUCUGUUGUUAAUGAUGAAAUCAAUUAUGACUUAUUGAUGACUGCUGAUGGCAUUCAAUCUGGUCGUAUAUUUUGUCCACAACUUUUAGGAGAUUGUCUGUUGGCCAACUCAAAAACAAAAGAAACAAUACCACCUGCUGUACAGAAGGUGUAUUCUUGUACCCCAUAAAAAUGAUUAUUGUGUACCUAUUAUUAUACUUUUUUUUUCCAAUAAUUUUUGUUUGUUAUUGAGGUAAUUUAAAUAACCAUACUUCUUAACACUAUGAUUUAUAAAUGAUUUUUGUUUAUUAUUAUACAUGUUUAUAUGUUAUAUGUAAUUAAGUAAUAUAAAUGUAUAAGUUAUAUACAUACAUGUGAGAUGCAAUAGGACAUUUUGGGAAUUAAGAGCUCACAUUAUAUAAAUAUAUAUUUUUUAGCUUUU